GUAACUGGGCUUGUGGGAAUCAGAAGUGCAGUUGGCACCAAGUCAGAAGGUGGGGAAGGGAGGAGAGAAGAUGUCCAGCCCCAGAGGAGGGUGUAUAAAAGGCACCCACUCUGGGCAAGAGCCACAGUCCUCAGCCCGGGCCAAGCCAAGCUUCUCUGUGCACCUGCUCUCUGCUCUCAAACCUGCUCUCACCAUGAGUGUUCGCCUGCAGAGUUCCUCCACCAGCUAUGGAGGUGGUUUUGGGGGUGGCUCUUGCCAGCUGGGGGGAGGCCGUGGUGUCUCUACCUGUUCAACCCGGUUUGUUUCUGGGGGCUCUGCUGGGGGAUAUGGGGGUGGCAUGAGCUGUGGCUUUGGUGGAGGGGCUGGUAGUGGCUUUGGGGGUGGCUUCGGAGGUGGCUUUGGUGGUGGCUUUGGCGGUGGCUUUGGUGACUUUGGUGGUGGCAAUGGUGGCCUCCUGUCUGGCAAUGAGAAAAUCACCAUGCAGAACCUCAAUGACCGCCUGGCCUCCUACUUGGACAAGGUGCGUGCCUUAGAGGAGGCCAACGCCGAGCUGGAGGUGAAGAUCCGUGACUGGUACCAGAAGCAGGCCCCCACCAGCCCCGAGCGUGACUACAGCCCCUACUUCAAGACCAUAGAAGAGCUCCGGGCCAAGAUCCUGGCUGCCACCAUUGACAAUAACCAAGUCAUCCUGGAGAUUGAUAACGCCAGGCUGGCUGCAGAUGACUUCAGGCUCAAGUAUGAGAAUGAGUUGACCCUGCGCCAGAGUGUGGAGGCUGACAUCAACGGCCUGCGCCGGGUGCUGGACGAGCUGACCAUGUCUAAGACUGACCUGGAGAUGCAGAUUGAGAGCCUGAACGAGGAGCUGGCCUACAUGAAGAAGAACCAUGAGGAGGAGAUGAAGGAAUUCAGAAACCAGGUAGUAGGCCAGGUCAAUGUCGAGAUGGAUGCCACCCCAGGCAUUGACCUGACCCGCGUGUUGGCAGAGAUGAGGGAGCAGUACGAGGCCCUGGCAGAGAAGAACCGCCGGGACGCAGAAGAGUGGUUCCACAGCAAGAGCGCAGAGCUGACCAAGGAGGUCACAACCAGCGCCGCCAUCAUUCAGACCAGCAAGACAGAGAUCACAGAGCUUAGGCGCACACUCCAGGGCCUGGAGAUCGAGCUGCAGUCUCAGCUGAGCAUGAAAGCUGGGCUGGAGAGCUCACUGGCAGAGACAGAGUGCCGCUACGCCCUGCAGCUACAGCAGAUCCAGGGGCUCAUCAGCAGCAUAGAGGCCCAGCUGAGCGAGCUCCGCAGUGAGAUGGAGUGUCAGAACCAGGAGUACAAGAUGCUGCUGGACAUCAAGACACGUCUGGAGCAGGAGAUCGCCACCUACCGCAGCCUGCUGGAGGGCCAGGACGCCAAGAUGACUGGCUUCAUUUCCACAGGAGGUAAGAAAAUAGCCCCAUGGUGAGGUGGAGCUAGGCUCACUACCCCUCUGGUAGGGGCUGAGGGGGCCAGGAGGGAGGGAGCUGGGGUGGAGGUGGUCAUUUACUCAUCUAUUUUUGUGCCCCAUAGAGCCACUGGGCUGUCUUGGAAAAAGCCAUCUUUGGGGACAAUAGAGUCCCCAAUACAACACCUGACUAAUUAGGAGUUCAUGAGCCCUCAUGGGGGACCCUCACCUGGGCCUUGGUGGGUCUUCUCCAGCCUGAACAUCUCUCCUCUCCUCUGUUUCCCAGGAAACCAAGGCAGCACUGUUAGUGGUUCUGCUCGCAGCACUUCUGACAGCCAAGGUGGCACCUCCAUUAACGUCUCCACUCGCCGCACUUCCGAUGUCCGUAGGCCUUAGAUCUGCUCGGCAUUCCCUCCCUCUGUCUGCAUCACCCAGAGCAGGAGAGAGCUGAUGUUCCCUGCAGAAGAGAUGGAGGGGCUAAAGGAUGGGAGGCUCAGCCUCUCUGCUCCAGGACCGUCCUGACACUCCCCCUGGGUGGACCCUCCGUGUCCCUUCUCUUCCCAUGAGGUGCUUCUCCUCCCAGACCUGGCCACUCUUUGGUUUUCUCAACUUCUCUACUAAAAAGAAAAGAUAAUUCAAUAAAUUUUCCUAUCUGUUUGCAAACAUA